GGUAGGCGACACGUGCGAGGUGAGCGGUGAGAUAUCGAAAGAUCGAAAGACAGAGGAUCGGUAAACGAACGAAAUUGAGUGCGUUUGUAAACCCUAGGUAUGCAUCACACGCUCAUGCUCCUCGCGUGACUUUCUAAUCUCUUCUUCCACCCUUUUCUUUCUGUUUCCGAUCAUCAUCAUCAUCAUCAAUUUUCAUUUGUUUAAUUUUUUCAGCAGCCUGGUGCUUUAGAUCUCCUGCUAUGUACAGGAUUAAGGGAAGGGUUGACCUCUUACAUGGGUCUAUUAUGGUAGCCUUACCCUUCUUCAGGAAAUUGAAUGCAUAAAUCAAACUCAGGACCACCAAAUCAAAUGGCAGCAACCUGAACUGUUGCACUAAUGCUUCCCUUCUAUCUCUAUGAUAUUAAUCAUAGAAAAAUGAGAAUACCCUUAGAAUCAUCAAAGCAAGCUGUUCUCAUCAUGGAUAUAGAUCUCAGGUUACCCUCUGGUGAACAUGAUAAAGAGGAAGAAGAAACGACUACAAUUGAUAACAUGUUAGAAGGUGAAGAAAAAUUGCACAAUGGGGACGGCAGAAAUAUGAUUGACACUGGCAUUGAGGUACAUGCUCUAAAUGGUGGAGAUUUGAAUUCCCCCACAGUUGAUAUGGUAAUGUUUAAGGAAGAUUCAAAUCUUGAGCCACUUUCUGGCAUGGAAUUCGAGUCUCAUGGAGAAGCUUAUUCUUUCUACCAAGAAUAUGCUCGGUCAAUGGGAUUCAAUACUGCAAUACAAAAUAGUCGUCGUUCAAAAACAUCAAGAGAAUUUAUAGAUGCAAAGUUUGCUUGUUCCAGAUACGGAACAAAACGAGAAUAUGACAAAUCCUUCAAUCGACCACGAGCACGACAAAACAAGCAAGAAUCUGAAAAUUCAACUGGUCGAAGAUCUUGUUCUAAGACUGACUGUAAAGCAAGCAUGCAUGUAAAAAGAAGGCCAGAUGGGAAAUGGGUUAUACAUAGCUUUGUGAAGGAGCAUAAUCACGACCUUUUACCCGCUCAGGCAGUAAGUGAACAAACAAGAAGAAUGUAUGCUGUGAUGGCGAGGCAGUUUGCAGAAUACAAAACUGUGGUUGGUAUCAAGAAUGAAAAGAAUCCGUUCGAUAAAAAUCGGAACUUGGGUUUGGAGUUUGGGGAGGCUAAACACAUGCUUGAUUUUUUUAUUCAGAUGCAAAAUAUGAAUUCUAACUUCUUUUAUGCAGUAGAUCUUGGUGAGGAUCAACGUCUGAAAAAUCUUUUAUGGAUUGAUGCUAAAAGUAGACAUGACUAUAUCAACUUUUGUGAUGUAGUAUCGUUUGAUACCACCUAUGUUAGAAACAAAUAUAAGAUGCCUCUUGCACUUUUUGUUGGGGUGAACCAGCACUACCAAUUUAUAUUACUUGGGUGUGCCUUGAUAUCAGAUGAAAGUGCCACAACUUACUCUUGGUUGUUACGGACAUGGCUGAAAGGCGUUGGUGGUCAAGUUCCAAAAGUGAUAAUUACUGAUCAUGACAAGACUUUGAAGUCAGUUAUUUCAGAUAUCUUUCCUAGUGCUUGCCAUUGUGUUUGCUUAUGGCAUAUACUGGGGAAGGUAUCUGAAAAUUUAGCUCCUGUAAUUAAAAAACAUGUGAAUUUUAUGGCAAAAUUUGAAAAAUGCAUAUUUAGGUCAUUGACUAGUGAUGAUUUUGACAAUAGAUGGGAGAAAAUUUUGGACAGAUUUGAGCUUCGACAGGAUGAAUGCAUGCGUUCUUUGUAUGAAGAUCGCAAGUUAUGGGCACCAACAUUCAUGAAGGAUGUGUUCUUAGGUGGUAUGUCUACUCCCCAACGAUCUGAAAGUGUAAAUUCCUUCUUUGACAAAUAUGUUCAUAGGAAGACCUAUGUGCCAGAUUUUGUUAAACAGUAUGAAACCAUCUUGCAAGACAGGUAUGAAGAGGAAGCGAAAGCAGAUUCUGAUACUUGGAAUAAAGUGGCAACAUUAAAAACUCCUUCACCUUUAGAAAAGAGUGUUGCAGGAACUUGCACUCAUGCAGUAUUCAAGAAGAUUCAAGCUGAGAUUAUUGGGGCAGUGGCUUGUCAUCCUAAAGCUGACAGGCAGGAUGAGACUAUCGUUGUUCAUAGGGUGCAUGAUAUGGAAACAGACAAAGACUUUUUUGUUGUGGUGAAUGAAGUAAAAUCAGAGUGUUCUUGUAUAUGUCGACUAUUUGAAUAUAAAGGUUAUCUUUGUCGACAUGCAUUGGUGGUUCUUCAGUAUUCUGGCCAUUCAGUGUUCCCACCUCAAUAUAUUUUGAAACGGUGGACAAAAGAUGCAAAGGUAAGGAGUGUAACGGGAGAAGAAUCUGAGCAUAUGCUUGCCAGGGUGCAACGAUACAAUGAUUUAUGUCAUCGUUCACUAAAACUGAGUGAAGAGGGAUCAUUGUCUCAAGAGAGUUAUAGUAUUGCAUUCCAUGCACUAAACGAUGCGCACAAAAGUUGUGUAAGUGUUAACAAUUCUAGUAAGAGUCCUACCGAAGCUGGUACAUCAGGGGCUCAUGUUCAGCUUUCCGCUGAAGAAGAUACCCAAAGUAGAAAUAUGGGAAAGUCAAACAAAAAGAAGAAUCCAACUAAAAAGAAAAAGGUGAACUCGGAGGCAGAAGUGAUGACUGUCGGGGCACUAGAUAACUUGCAACAAAUGGAAAAAUUCAGCACAAGAGCUGCAGUAACUCUUGAAGGUUAUUAUGGCACACAACAGAGUGUGCAGGGAAUGUUGAACUUAAUGGGACCAACACGUGAUGAUUAUUACGGGAAUCAACAGACUCUUCAGGGACUGGGGCCAAUAAGUUCCAUACCAACCAGCCACGAUAGUUAUUACGGUGCACAUCAAAGCAUGCCCGGUUUGGCACAACUGGAUUUUUUGCGAACUGGUUUCACAUAUGGCAUUAGGGUUAGUAUGCAGGAUGAUCCUAAUGUGAGAGCAGCACAAUUGCACGAGGAUCCAUCAAGACAUGCGUGAGUGACACUAUAUCUUUUAUAUUAAGGCUAGGGAAGCGAGGAGUUUAAGCUUCUCAUCUGGUGUAAAGAAUGGAAUACCUCAAAAGACCAAAUUGAGGUUAUAUUGGAAAACCUCCAAAUCCAGUAUUUGUAAUAUAAUGCUGUUAUAUUAAUAAAUAUAGGAUAACUUCUGCUAACGUGUAUUAUAAUGUUAUUGAUUAAUUAUUAAUUAAUAUAAAUGGUCUCAUGUAGAGAUUGUUGUAUUAUAAACCUAUUCUUUAGGCUAUUUGAGAAAUUGUAAGUAUAAAAUAUCUAUUAUGUUAGUGAUGCUGGUGUUUGCAUGUUUUUCUGUACAAAAGAGAGUGAAAUUUUAUUCA